GUUUCAAACCAGUUGGUUUUGUACUUGAGAAAGAGGUGAAGUUUUCAAUCUGAGAAGGAGCGCGAAUCUGAGAGCAUUGGAGAUGUCAAAGUUCAUAUACCCACGGCUGUCUCGCGUCGACAUAGUCUCGAUCAUCAUCGACGCUCAGAUCAUGGACAUCUCGGAGCGCCAUCUUCUCAACCCUAACCCUGACUUCGUCACCAACCUCUUCACCCGCGUCCUCAUCGCUCUCGACUUCUUCAACGAGGAUAUUGGGCAAGUUGAUUUCGACGCCUUGGAGCAGUUUGAGAAUCCCGAAUCUCAUGACAGCUCCCUCCAUAUCAUCAACCUCUGCAACAGAAUCAGGCAGGUCCUGGACUUGGUGGAUUGUCCUCACAGAUUUACCCUCAAAGAUCUCAUAAGACCGGACCCCAAUCGCACCGAGUUUUUUCUCAGUGCUAUUAUGAAUUACCAUCUUUAUAGAGAGACAAAAGUGAAACAACUCACCGAACUUAUGAAUCCAUUAACGGAUAUCGAGGAGCAGCACCAGUUGUUGCAGGGCCGGGUUUCCCAGUUGAAUGUUGAGAUUGCGGACUUCGAUGACGCAAGAGAAAAGGAAUCGCCUCUUCUUCAAGAGGCAGAGGCUAAAGUUAAAGAAUUGCGCCAAACCAUUGAAGGCCUUAACAACGAACAAGUUAAAGUCAGAACUUCUCUUAAGAAGUUGAAGGAGAAGAGUGGAGAAAUGGACAAAGAGAUUUCUGAUGCUGAUUUUGAUCUGCUAAAAUGUGAUUCUGAGAGACAAGAAUUACGCUCAAGAAUUGUUCAGUCACCGGAUAAACUGCAGAGGGCUGUAGAAGAGAAGAAAUCAGUUCGAGAGAAGGCAAAAAAUGAUGAAAUGUCAGCCAUGCAAUCUUUUAACGAGAAGACUGCUGUUGAGGAGGUUUAUACAAAGGUUUUAAAGAAACUAUCAAAGCACUUGGCCCAGAUGCAGGUUAUACAAGAACAGGUGAAUUCGGCUAAAUUUGCUGGCAAAGACUGUAAAGCAUUAAAACAGAAAAAAAGUGAUGAUGAAAUUCUGAUUAAGUCUCUUCAGAACGAAGUUGUGAAACGACAGGCAAAAGUGAAAGAUUUUAAUGACUUGAAAAAGAAGCUAGAAAAGGAAAGAUAUCUAAAGUUUGAGGAGGCUACUAAGGAAGUUAAUACAGUCAAGCUGGAGGUGGAAUCAAGGAGAGGUCUUCUCGAAGCAAGGCAAAAGGAUGUUGAAGCUGCGGUAGCAGAGGUGGAUUCUAUUACUGCAAGUAUUGCCUCAUUAAAGAAAUCAGCAGCAGCUGAUCAGCAAGCAUUAGCUCUUAAAUGUGAGGAGAUCAUUAAAGAGUUCCACCAAUAUGCAAGUUCGAUUGGGAACUUGCUGCAAUGACUGAUAGAGCGUCAAAAGUUCACUGAGCAUGGAGCAGGUCCUUUUGAAAUUUGUUGGCUGGUUUGACUUCAGAAAAUAUCUUGUUUCUUUGGUUCAAGAGCCUGAAGCAUCCUUCCUGUAUACAUCUUCCCUUUAAAUCUUGUUUCUUCAGUUUGACAAGAAAGUUCCACUGGAUGCUUCAUCCCUCGUGUUAAAAGAAUGCACCUUCGGUUGCCUGUCAUUGCUUGGUGUGCAGUUUGAGUUGUAUUAUUUCAUCUUCUUCUUGUUGUGAAGGGAGUUGUAUUUAGAGACCCUUAUCUUCAUAAUAGUAGUUUAAGCAGAAAUGAGGUUCUUGAAAUCUUUUCUUUCCGGAUAACCAGACCAAUCAAUCUGUCCUUUUUAUAGCGUAAAUAUUCCUCCAUGUCAUCAGUUCAUUACUUUUAACAAAAAUUAGGUGAGCUCAGACUCGAAUGCCCCUCCAAUGUGUCUAAAAGAUUAAACAAUAAUUAUACUGAAUAAAUACAUACAUCUUAUUUUCUUUUCCC